UAUGACCCGGGUCGGAUCAUUUGCCUUAAUCGGAUCCUAAUGUGGCUAAGAAAUUUCUCCGGCCGUGAUUUGUUGGACGCGUCGACGUCGAUGGGCAUGAGAAGUAGCGGAGAAUCCUCUCACCUUGGGAUUCGUCGUCAUUCUUCGUCUAAAACCCACAAAAUCCCCAAAAUAUCUCCAUUUCAACGACAAAUCUCCAACCUUUACUUUUCUUUCCUGUGAAAUUUCUGCUCAAAAUCUUGGGUUCCUGACGGCGAUGGCGGCGAUUUCAGGCAUCUCCUCUGGUACGUUGACGAUUUCACGACCUUUGGUUACUCUUCGACGCUCUAGAGCCGCCGUUUCGUACAGCUCCUCUCACCGACUGCUUCAUCAUCGUCCUCUCUCUUCUCGUCGUCUGCUCUUUAGGAACAUUGAUCGAGUACAAGCAACGAUUUUGCAAGACGAUGAAGAGAAAGUUGUGGUGGAGGAAUCAUUUAAAGCCGAGACUUUUACUGGUAAAGAACCACUUGAGGAGCCAAAUAUGAAUUCUUCUUCAAGUAGUGCUUUUGAGUCAUGGAUCAUCAAGCUUGAGCAAGGAGUGAAUGUCUUCCUCACAGACUCGGUGAUAAAGAUACUUGACACUUUGUACCGUGACAGAACCUAUGCAAGGUUCUUUGUUCUUGAGACAAUUGCUAGAGUGCCUUAUUUUGCCUUUAUGUCUGUGCUACACAUGUAUGAGACCUUUGGUUGGUGGAGGAGAGCAGAUUAUUUGAAAGUACACUUUGCUGAGAGCUGGAAUGAGAUGCAUCACUUGCUCAUAAUGGAAGAAUUGGGUGGAAACUCUUGGUGGUUUGAUCGUUUUCUGGCCCAGCACAUAGCAACAUUCUAUUACUUCAUGACAGUGUUCUUGUAUAUCUUAAGCCCUAGAAUGGCAUAUCACUUUUCGGAAUGUGUGGAGAGUCAUGCAUAUGAGACUUAUGAUAAAUUUCUCAAGACCAGUGGAGAGGAGUUGAAGAAUAUGCCUGCACCCGAUAUCGCAGUAAAAUAUUAUACCGGGAGUGACUUGUACUUAUUUGAUGAGUUCCAAACAUCCAGAGCUCCCAAUACUCGAAGACCAGUAAUAGAGAAUCUAUACGAUGUGUUUGUGAACAUAAGAGACGAUGAAGCAGAACACUGCAAGACAAUGAGAGCUUGUCAGACUCUGGGCAGUCUUCGUUCUCCACACUCCAUUUUAGAAGAUGGUGAUGGUGAAGGAGAAUCAGGCUGUGUUGUUCCUGAGGCGGCUCAUUGCGAAGGUAUUGUAGACUGCAUCAAGAAAUCCAUUACAAGUUAAAAUUAAUAAAUUAGAAAGUAAACUAAAAAGAUUAAUUGUAUCAGCUCAUGAAGAAUAGAUAUGAAUCCCAUAUACUUUGGAACAAAGGAAUAAUGUGAAAUUCCCAUCGUUAUGUAUGUGGGAGAGAAGAAUCAAAUACCCUUAUGAUGUAAAUUUACUAAGAUGAGAAAUAGGAAGUUACAUUGUUACAUUUGUUUUCAGGUAAA